GUGCUUGUUAAAUUCUAAGGUUCGACUACAUAUCAUGCUAUUUAUGUUUACAAUAAUUAAUAUAACAAUGUUACCGUAAAUGUAUCCUUUUUAUACAAACAUGUUUAUUAUCAUAGGACGGAUUUGCGACUGCGUGAGCUGCUCUGAAAAAACAAACGGGCUUUUUAUUUGAGUGUAACGGUAUCAAAGACCUGCUGCCACAUAUCAAAUGCAAUCAACAGUUCAUGAUUUUUACCUUCACUUAAAUGAACUCCAUAUCUCCAGGAUGACUCAUGUUGUACCUCUUGUGUUUGCAUUUUGCUUGGGAGCGGUGGUACCUGCUUUGAGCUACCGGGAGACAGCUUUCGCUGCGCCGGUUCAGCCCUGUCUUGCGCCCUUGCAAUGGGAGGGCAGAUCCGUCGAAUACAACCACAACACAGGACGAAACACACGGGCCUCGGUGUCGUAUGAUGCACAGAACCACAGAAUAAGGCUUCUUCAACAGAAUAAAAGACAUACACCAUGCCAGAAAUACUUUGAGUUUAUCUACCUGUACAACAGUGGCCUGCUGUUCCAGAUCGAGCAGAAGACGAAGCAGUGUUCUAAGAUCCCCUUGACCCAGGCCUGGGACCCCUUUGACAUCCCUAUGAACUCCACCUAUGAGGACCAGUACUUUAUCGGUGGACCUGGAGACAUGAUCGAGGUGCAGGAGUGGUCAGAUAGGAAACCAGCCCGCAAAAAUGAGGCGUGGGUGGGCGUCUACACAGUGAAGGACUGCUACCCUGUCCAGGAGACCUACACUAGGAACAGCAGCAUCACUACCUCUACCCGCUUCUUUGACCUCCAGCUGGGCAUCAGCGACCCGGAAGUCUUCACACCGCCCAGCAGCUGCCAGUCAGCCCGCCCAGAGAGGAUGGACUCCGACUGCUGAGGCCUUCACCUUUCCCCUUUGACCCCAUGCUCAUUGACCCCAUGCUCUGUUAUCACAUUUCCCCCACUUUUUUAAAUGUUUAAAUGUAACCUUUAUUUAACUAGGCAAGUCGGUUAAGAACUCAUUCUUAUUAGUGUCGGUUUAGGUGUAGGUCCAACUGUCCCGGCAUCCCGGUUAGAGGAUGUAGAAUGACCAGCAGGAGACAAGGCACACUUUAUUACCAAACACACACACAUGGCAAACUGGAAGAGGAGACUGUUAGUAGUGUAAGUGUUGUAGUGGUUGUCUACAAGAGAAGAGCAUGUAUUACAUAAUGGCAUCACAGGCUAAUGAAUAUGUAAUAGCAAUGAGGAUGACACGUACUAUAAUGGUCAGGUAUUAGCAUAAGCUUAUGUGGUACACAGUAGGAUACAAUAGUACACUAUGGACAGAGCUACUAGCAUGUAUUAGCAGCUAGGCUAACAGUAUGGCUUACAAAGAGAAGUUUGUAGCAGCCAACUAAUGUAGCACACAUUAUGACAGUAUAUACAGGUGGGCUUGCAUAGCAUAGUAUACACAAGAUACAAUUAGUGGCUAGCAUAUGUAAAAUAUACAAGAAAAGCUAGCAUGCUAGGCUAGCAGGCCACAGGCUGUGGGUAGUAGCACACAAUAUAUACAGUGGAGGCUAGUAAGCUUCAGGUUAUAGGUACAGCAUACAGAACUAUGUACAGUAGGGAUGAGUUUGCAUUAGGGUUAGCAGCUAGGAGUUAGCAUGCUAUUUGGCUAACAAUGGACAUCUUGGUAGAUAGAGGCUACGAUUCGUAUGAGGAAGUGACCGGUCGGCCAUUUUAGGUGAGCAACUCGAAGAUCUAACUGGUAGCCAUCUUGGGUUCCAUAACAACAAUGAAGGGAUUACUCCUCAUGGCCUGCAUACUGUACUGUAGCCAGAACUAUGCCAAGCCGAUAGAUAACAUGUAUAAGCAUAACAUAAUAAUAUCAGCCUAUAACAUGUAAGCAGAUGUUUUGUAGUGAUUUCUAUGUUGAAAAUGUAAAGAAUAUUUGCUUGUCUAUGUAAUGGGAAGCAACCAGAUGCUGAAUUUGACAUAUUUAUUAAUUAGCUUGUUCCAGUUCCUAAUAAGCAUGCAUCCAUUAAGAAAAUGACUGUAAAAAACGGUUAAAUCUCUGUGGAUUGAUGAGGAAUUGAAAAAAUGUUAUGCUUGAGAGGGAUGAGGCAAAAA